GCACUCAGCUAUUUUGCAAUAUAAUUUGUCAACCGAGUUCAGCAAUUUUUGUCAUCGCAAAACCAUUUCUCUACAUCGUCUCUCCAGUAAUUUGAAGGUGCAUCGCCAUGGCGUCUCACACUUACAUACUCUUCGAUAUCCCCACCAAGGCACCACAAGUGUGCUGGUCGAUGAACACUUGGAGGACGAGAUUGCUUUUGAAUUAUAAAGGUCUGGACUACAAAACAGAAUGGCUCGAAUAUCCUAAUAUCGGCGUUCGACUUGGUCAUCAUGUCCCUCCAAAUGAACAGGGACCUCAUUUUACACUGCCUGCAAUACAGCUGCCUGAUGGCUCCUACGUGAUGGAUUCUUAUAAAAUCGCCGAUAUAAUCGAAGAGAGACAUCUGGAGCCAAGAGUGCAUCGUCUCAAUAUACCAGCACAGCUUACAUUCAGGAAUAUUCUUACGAAUUUAAUGCGACAGCUCACACCACUCUACAUUCCAGGAAUAGCGCAGCGCCUCCUUAGCAAUGAGAGUAUCGACUUCUUCAUUGCUGCACGCCAGAAGGAUGUAGGCAUGCCACUUGAUGAAUAUGGAAAACAGCACGGCCCUGGGGCAUUUGAUAGAGCAGAGCCAUUCUUGCAUGAAAUGACAGCAUUGCUGGAUGAGACUGCAGGGCCAUACUUUUUGGGCGAUACCGUUAGCUACACUGAUUUUAUAUGGGCCGCGAUCUUGCUUUUCUUCAAAUGCUUCGGCGAUGAUAUUUAUGGAGAAUUGCUGAUGAGAAGUGGAAAUUCUCAAGUGCAUACGGAGUUCUUGGAUGCAUUGAGCCAAUGGACAAAGCGAAAUGAUUAUCUAAGAUAGGGUGAAACACUGAACGAAGAAAAUGGUGCGUGGAUAUAGCAGAGAAGAUAAGAUAAGAAUGAUGCUAUCGAUAAGCGGUCAGUUGACCAGAUUUGGCCAAUAGGAACACAGUCCGCAGUCUCAGGGGCCCACUUGCUAUCGCAACAACAACACAACUCACUAUGUGCUUUCCUCUUCCUCAUCUUCUUGAUUUAAUUUAUGUCCUUAGCUUGAAUAUGAAUUGAUUCGGAAAACAC